GCCAUGUCGGCGUUGGAGUGGUUCGCGCAUAAACCUUUGGGCGGUGGGAUCUUCUGGAUCCAAGAGCGGUUCUACGACUCGGGCAACCGGGCCAACAUUUGGCUGGUGAGGGGCUCGCAGCGAGACGUGGUUAUCGACGCGGGGCUGGGGCUGCGCAGCCUGCCCGACUACCUGCGGGCCGCGGGGCUGCUGGCGCCGGCGGCGGACGAGGAGGAGGAGGAGGCGGCGGGGCCGCGGCCGCUGCUGGCCGUGGCGACCCACGUCCACUUCGACCACUCGGGCGGGCUGCAGCACUUCGAGGAGGUGGCGGUGCACAGCGCCGAGGCGGCCGCCCUGCUGCGGGGGGACAACUACGAGGCGGUGACCUGGCUGUGGGAGCGGGAGGUGGCGCGGCCGCCGCGGCCCGGCUGGCGGGCCCGGCAGUUCCGCGUCCCGCCCGUGCGGCCCACCCGCCUGCUGCAGGAGGGGGAUGUGAUCAGCCUUGGAGACCGAGACCUUACUGUCAUGCACAUGCCUGGUCAUUCAAGGGGCAGUAUUUGCUUACAUGACAAAGACCGGAAGAUUCUGUUCAGCGGAGACGUGGUGUACGACGGAUCCAUGAUUGACUGGCUUCCCUACAGCAAGAUCACUGACUACGUUGCAAGCUGCCAGCGCCUCAUGGAGCUAGUGGACAGAGGCCUCGUGGAGAAGGUCCUGCCUGGGCACUUCAACAUAUUUGGGGCAGAAAGGCUGUAUCGGUUAGCUUCCAACUACAUUGCACAAGCUGGAUUUUGUCACAAGGUUUCUACUUGUGCCAUGAGAUCCAUUGCGAGCAUAGCACUCCGUAUCACCAAUCCCAGGGUCACUUCUUAGUGGCUGCACUUUGUGUGACCCAUUCCCUGCUGAGAACCCACAUGGCUUGUGAAAGUGUUGAUACAAAGAAAGGCAGUGUGCAUUAGUGAAGGUGGCAAAUUGGUAUAGAUCUGCUGCAAGCAUUCUCCCUAUUUUUGCCUACUUUAUUCCUAUUUUUAUAAAAAGUUCAGAAGCUAAUAGCUUUAGCCAAAGCUAACUUUUUUUUUUUUUCCAGAGCAUGUUUGCACAUGUAUUGUGAUUGUAAUACAUUGUUUUGGUUUGGUGUUCAUCCUGACAGAUGUGUAUAUGCCAAAAAUGAGAGGUUUUGCAUUCAUGCCUGAAACCUGUUGAUGUAGCACUAGGUUUGUGAGUUUUCAUUCAGCUCCUGCUCAGGUUUGGGCCUCACACAGCUCGUCCUAAGACCUGGUGUGUGCUGGGAGCAACACCAUUAGGUCAAAGCAAGAGCAGCACCUGUGCAGGAUUCAGUGGGCAGAGAGAGGUAAGGGCCAUUCUGCAGCCUUUCUCACCUGAAGCUCAGUGUCUGCUGCACCAGUCACCACCUGCAGCUUUGCAGAGUAGUUGCCUGGCAGUUUCUUUAGAAUUCACUAACAUAUGGAAAUGCUACAGACCAGGCUUCCAGGAUGGAAGGUGUGUAGGUACAUCAGCUUAACCAAAAAGCUUUUGAUGGGGAACUAACACCAGAUAGGUUGCUGGGGGCUUCCACACUUCCUGGUGAGGUGCAGGGGUUGCUUGCCCCAUGACAGAGGAGCAGGAAUGAGCACUCUCACCAUCGGCUAGGGAGCUGCUUUGCUUACAGGCCUGCCAGUUAGGAAUUGCAGAAUUUGUUAACUAAUGAAUCCAUAUGUUAGACUACUUUGUACAAAGUGGAUUGAAGGCCUUGCUUGAUGUGUUUGGUUUUUUUUUUCUGAUGAACUCAUAAAAAUUGUUUACAGAGUGUGUUGCUCUGUAAAUUUGAGAGAACUGGACUAUGACAAACUUAGUUUUAUUUGUGUUGAAGAGUAUUUCUAUGUGACUGGGUUGUAACUCAGCUGUGGUAGGGCAAGGAUAGAAGCUUUAACAUGAACUUGCCCUGCUGCAAGUGCUGCAUUAAACAACCAGUAUGCUUGUUACCCCAAAGUGAAUGUAACUUGAACUGUUUACUGUUUGCUUAUGAAGUGUUUAGUGUGUAUGUUUUUUAUGAAAAGUGCAUUGCAUUUCAGUCUGUUCCAAAAAAAAGUUUAAUACAUUGAGAAAUGCUAAAUGAGAUUGUAACUUGCUUAUGAAAAUUGAAUGUGUGAUAUUUAAAAGCUGUUGAAAUGGUUAAAGUGUAAUAAUUCUAACAGUAUAUAUAUGUAACUUUUUUUAAAAGGACACUGUCUGAUGUUAUUUUUGUAUUUAUACUUUCCUAAGAAGAGUGCAAAUGUUUUUUUUUCAAAGUUUUAGUAGAGUUGAACCUUAUUUGUUUGCAUUUGUCCCCCCACCCCUCAUCAUCAUACCCAACAGAAAGAGAGCCCACAGUUUGGGUUCUGCCUAAGGCGUGGGGGAGUGGAAAUUUAUAGCCUUCUUAAUAGGUAUGAAUUCUGAUUAAAAAAAACAAAACAGGUGCAAAAUAAAAGCAUCUCUGUCCAGAAAUUAUGAAAGAAAAUACAUUAUGAUGGUUUUUCUCCUCUCACUGACCACUACACUCCUGCCUUUCCUAUUUGAAUAUAUUCUUCACCAGGAUUUGUACAGGUUGUGAUGUGCCUAGUUCUUGUUAGCAGUGCCUAUCUCCAAGCUGAAGCAAAAUUGUCAGUGGGCAGGAGAGAUGUAGCAACGCAGCAUUGGAAAGACUGAUCACUUGCAUCAUAGUCCCUUUUUUGGAGGAAUACAAGUAUGUCAGUCUGUUAUGUGAAGAGCUUUUAAUCUGUAGGAAGACUUCUGUCAGAAAUUCAGCUAAGAGUUUAUCUUGGCCUCAUUUGGCCAGAGGAAGAAAUACAAAAGCUUAGCCUGGGAUGCAAAAAAGCCAUUCAGUGAAGAGGCCCAGAACAAACUCUAUAGUGUUGUUUUUUCUUUUCAGCUUGCUCAUGCAUGCUGGUAUUUACUUAGCAGUCCAGACUCUGAUUUUGGUAGCCAGAGGUUCACAGUGGACAAUCACAGAUCUGAGGUGGCAAGAGGGAAGGUCAGAAUGCCUGAAGAAAUACAUAGCACAGGAGCUUACACCAGCUACCCAGAUGAAGCCAUGAUGGGUGUCACAGAUGACCCCAACAGUCAAUUAAUUUCUUCAAAUUAGCCAUCUGUGGCAUAAAGCCAGUAGCAGUCUUACUCUGUUUCUGUGAGGGUUGUAGGAGCACUGGUGAAAAGCCUGUGCAAUAACAUGGACAGAGAGACCUCUUCUGUCACAAAGCAUGCCAAUACCUAUGCCAGUUGCCAAUGUUUUGCAAGUGUUCAUUAGAGUGAGAUCACACUGAUUUAGCAUUUUGUGUUACACUACUGUCAGUGUGGGGUUUUGAUCCAGUAUUACUGAUCCUGUAGCCAAAUUUUACUGUACUGUAAAGCCUGAGCUCUUAAAAAGGGAAGGCUUACAGGCAUGUCAAUUCAAAAGGAAAGAUAUUCCUUUGUAUAAAUCUGUGCUCAUUACCAGCUACAAGAUCUUUAAGUGUCUUGAUCACUGUCAAAAUGCCCUAUUAACCCAUGCUUAAUUCCAUUAAGUAUGUAUAGAUAACAGCAAUUGCCUGUUGUUAUGUUGUUUUUUUUCCUUGUCCAAAAUCUUAAGGGGAUAUUUUCCUAGCUCAGAAGUGAACUUUAUGUGAACACAGCCCCAGAUGGGGCAUGUGAGCAAAUUGCUGCUAUAAUCCAACUGAAAGUACUUUUUGAGGCUCUCAAAGUUAUUUUUGUAUUACAAGAAAUUCACUACUAGGUAAAUGCUGUCUUAAGUAUAAAGAACUGUCUCUGACUAUUUUUGUUAAGAAUUACCAAGUUUUACUCAUAAGAGUUUGACAGUGUCCCUUUAACACUAUUUGGAUUAAGUAUUUAAAACAUACAUGCUAAGUUUAAAUAUUGCAACAUUUUUGGCAUUUAGAACUGUGUUGUUAUGUUUGUAAAAUCUAAAUGUAGUUUUUAGUAGCCUGGAGAAUUGACAAGAUCAGAUGGGGAUUUUUGCUCUAGUCUGUCAAGACUCUUGUGAUGGUAACAACAGUUUACACAUAAAUAAUUUUACCAUGGAUAAUAAUAAUAAAAAAAUGUUAUAAUCCUAUGGAGU